ACACACGCUCAGUGCCUCUCUAAUGUCUGCAGCAUCCCACUGCAUUUGCUUGUUUUAUUGAUAAAAGAAGCGAAAAAAGAGAACUGCAUAAUGAAGAUGGAGAAGCCCACAUACGCAGGGUGAACAGAGACAUUUGGUGUGAAUGCUAUACAUUUCUAGCUUCAUUUUUUUUUUUAAAUCUUGUUCUUUUUGUCUGCUAGGUUUGAAGAUACAGCAUUUAAGGAACUGCAAUCAGUUACACUUCAGAAAGCUUUCUUCAUAUUGGUCUUACAUGUCAUUUCUGUGGAUAUAAGUAAUUACUCGAGCAGAGACCUUCUUGAAUGAAUUACUGAAUUCACCAGGAUUCUUGGGAUGUAACAAGAAAGAGAUUGAUCAUCAUGACUAAUCUAGAGAAGUGGGUCACUCUAAGCCCUGCAGAAUUUUCUCAGCUUCAGAAGUACACACAAUAUACUACCAAGAAACUUAAGGAUGUUCUGCAAGAAUUUCAUGGGGAUGGAGUACUUGCAAAAUAUAACCCUGGAGAGAAGCAAGAGAUACUUAGUCAGGCUAUUGACUAUGAAGGCUUUACACUCUUCAUGAAGACUUUUUUGGAAACGGAGCUGCCUGAAGAUUUCUGUCAACAUCUCUUUAUGUCAUUCAGCAACAAAUUUUCUCAUAGAAGUCCCACAACAACAGAAAAGACUCUGCGUGCUGGAGGCUUGAAGAUCAUUAAAGGCAAUGGAACUCCUCCAAGAGUGCCUUACCAUCCAAAAUCAGAUCCACCAAAAACUGUCCAGCUUAAAGAUAUUAUUUGCUACCUCUCCUUGCUUGAAGGAGGUCGUCCUGAAGAUAAACUUGAAUUUAUGUUUCGUCUCUAUGACACAGACGGAAAUGGAUACUUGGACAACUCGGAAUUAGAAAACAUUGUCUCACAAAUGAUGCACGUUGCGGAAUAUUUGGAAUGGGAUGUAACGGAACUUAAACCAAUUCUUCGCGAAAUGAUGGAGGAGAUAGAUUAUGACCGUGAUGGCACAGUGUCCUUAGAAGAAUGGAUACAAGGCGGGAUGACUACAAUUCCCCUUCUUGUUUUGCUUGGAUUGGAGUCGAAUGUAAAGGAUGAUGGUCAGCAUGUUUGGCGGCUAAAACACUUUAACAAACCUGCGUACUGUAAUCUUUGCUUAAAUAUGCUUAUUGGAGUUGGAAAACAAGGCUUGUGUUGCUCAUUUUGCAAGUAUACAGUUCAUGAACGUUGUGCAUCACGGGCACCUUUAUCCUGUAUUAAAACUUAUGUCAAGUCCAAAAAGAAUACUGAGGUUAUGCAUCAUUUCUGGGUGGAAGGAAACUGUCAAACAAAAUGCGACAAAUGUCACAAAACUAUUAAAUGUUAUCAGGGAUUGACAGGCCUUCACUGUGUUUGGUGCCAAGUAACUCUACAUAAUAAAUGUGCAUCACAUGUAAAGCCUGAAUGUGACUGUGGAUCACUGAGGGAUCAUAUUUUACCACCAACAUCUAUAUGUCCAGUAGUCCUGGAGAGACAAACAACAGUUAAAAAAGAUUCUCAGCAUCCAAGAUCCUUAGGAGACAAGACAAAGAUGCAGAGAGCUAAUUCUGUGACAGUUGAUGGUCAAGGACUUCAGAUCACUCCUGUCCCGGGAACACAUCCACUUCUGGUUUUCGUGAAUCCUAAAAGUGGAGGAAAACAAGGAGAAAGAAUAUUCAGAAAAUUUCAGUACCUGUUGAAUCCCCGUCAAGUUUACAAUCUUGCAAUGAACGGACCCAUGCCAGGGUUAAACUUCUUCAGAGAUGUUCCAGAUUUUAGAGUUCUUGCCUGUGGAGGUGAUGGGACAGUCGGGUGGAUUUUAGACUACAUAGAUAAGGCGAAUCUAAACAAACAUCCUCCAGUAUGUGUGCUGCCACUUGGGACGGGAAAUGAUUUAGCAAGGUGUCUCCGAUGGGGUGGAGGUUACGAGGGAGAAAAUCUGCUCAAGAUUCUGAAGGAUAUUGAAAACAGUACAGAAGUAAUGUUGGACAGAUGGAAGAUAGAUGUAAUUCCCAAUGAUAAAGAAGAAAAGGGUGAUCCUGUGCCUUAUAGCAUUAUUAACAACUAUUUUUCUAUUGGAGUGGAUGCUUCAAUUGCACACAGAUUUCAUAUUAUGAGAGAGAAACAUCCUGAAAAAUUCAACAGUAGAAUGAAAAACAAGUUUUGGUACUUUGAAUUUGGUACAUCUGAGACAUUUUCAGCUACCUGCAAGAAACUUAAUGAAUUCUUGGAAGUUGAGUGUGAUGGAACCCAGCUUGACCUGAGUAAUAUUUCCUUGGAAGGAAUUGCCAUUCUGAAUAUUCCAAGUAUUCAUGGAGGUUCAAACCUUUGGGGAGAGACAAGAAAACGGCGUAGUCACCGCAGAGUAGGAAAAAAGGCUCAGGAUAAAAGAACCACUGUUUUAGAUGCAAAAGAGCUGCAGUUUGCAAUACAGGAUCUUUCAGAUCAGCUUUUUGAAGUUAUUGGCCUGGAAGGUGCAAUGGAAAUGGGACAGAUCUAUACAGGAUUAAAAAGUGCUGGAAAAAGGCUUGCUCAGAGUUCCUCUGUCACUAUUAGGACCAGCAAGUCUCUUCCAAUGCAGAUUGAUGGAGAACCUUGGAUGCAAACACCAUGCACAAUCAAAAUAACUCACAAGAAUCAAGCUCCAAUGCUGAUGGGCCCACCGCCUGUAAGAGGAUUCUUCUCUUCAUUAGUUCGGAAAACACGACACCAGAGCAAGGAGUAGAACUUUGGAAGGGUGCAUUCUUAUUCUCAAUCCUAGAACGUCAAGAUGAAGCAUUCAAUCCUUCUACUUUGCUUUGUGGCCAAGUGUGGUGCCAUGCAGUCUGACAGCAUACUUGCAAUGAUUUUGGUUCUGUAUGGCAGUAAGAAUUUUUUUUUCCACAGAGAAAAGUGUAGGUUAUGUUAUACAAAUUUGAAACAUUUUUUACUCUUACAGCUUUAAAAAGCAGAACUUAAAAUUAUGACUGUCAUGUGAAAUAAGGAAAGGCAUCUUCAAUCACUCUCCAUCCUGUCUAUCAUAAUAUAAAAGAGCCUUUAAACUGUGAAUCUUUACUAAGGGCUUCUGGGACAUUAAAACCUAUAAUAAGAUGCAAAAGAUGCAAGUGAACAAAAUGCCAACAAGAAUAUAACAUGAUAGGAUGACUUUUCUUUCUGUCUUGUUUAUUAUACUUUAUGGUUGAUUUAAGGAAGUACAUUAUCAGUAAUAUUUUAAUAUUAUGCAUACUUUGAUAGAAAUGUAUAGCUAAUUGUAUUCAUCCUUAAUGCUUGAAAGUGUUUUAUUUAUUAUGUUUCUAAGGCUGUCUGCAAAUGGACAGUGGUUACAUGAAAGAUGGAGAUGCUAAUAAAAAGCUUGUAGUGUAUAUUUGAGAUUGGUGUAUUGUGAUAAUAAGCAACCUCCACCCAUUCAUUAUCAUAUUUAGCAUGUUUAAUUUCCUCCAGACUCAAUGACAUCAGUAUUUUAUGAGUGUAAAAUGGUAACCAAAAUUUGAGCGGGUGCCAGUGAAUUGCACUCCCACUCAUAUGGCAGAAAUCUAGAGUCACCAAAUAGUCUAACUUGCUCAUAUUGAGGCAUGGGUGGGAGACCAGAGUACCAAGAGAACCCCUCACUUAGUCACCGGGAGGAAGAGCUAACUCCUUAAAAACAGUUACAAGGCUGGGAAUUGAGGCAAUGGCAUUAACCAUUCUUUCCAUCAUGCCAGUGUCAAGUACAUUUAGCCAAAUGCAAGUUUUCAAAAUAUGUCAACUGCUGGAUUACAAUCGGUUAAAAAAGAAUGCUGUAUUUAAAAUGAGUUUUUAGAGAGAAAGUCAAUUUUGGCUUGAUAUACCAAGUUGCUUGAAGCCUUUGAUCAUACUGUUCUAAGUGUAAGUGUUUUUGGCCAAAUGAAUCGGGAAACUAAAAAGUACAUUUAAUCUACUUUAGAAUGAAUAAAAUAUAACUUUUCUUUGGGAAAUUAUUUGGGAUAAAGUUUGUAAAAAGCUGUUAUGUCUAUUUAGAACUAAAUGGUGGAAUAGGAA